UUCGUUUUAGCUCCUUUGAUUUAGAAAACACAAUUCCUGCACAAUAACGAUGCUUACAGAGGCUGCAGUGCUUCCUGAGUUAUCUUGCAACGCUACUUCAUGUUCCUUUGCUGGUCUCGCAUCUGGCCCCCUUCAGCAGGGCUCCUCUUAUGAGGCAUUCGCAGAUGUCGAUACCAGUGUUUAUACUCUCACAGUUGUCUUCAUGGUGAUCUUGGCCGUUCUAUUGUUCCUGGCCGAUGAGACGCGCGGUACGAGACCGAAGUCUUCUAUGGCCUACUACACCAUAUUUUAUCCAGACGAGUCAAUUCCAUGGGGUCAUUUCCCUUUCAACGAUUAUAUUGGGGGCCUCUUCGGCCUGGGUAUAAACAAGGAGACUAUUCUUAAGUUUGUCUCCAGAUUUGUGAGACGUUCCCCUGCAGAUUCAAGUCCUAGAGGUGGGGGAAGCCAGUCGCUCAGCCCGAAGUUUGAGCACGAAUUCCUCACCUGGCCGACGGUGCUUCACGCCUAUUGGCAGUUCGUGGUUCUCUUUGUGAAGGGCAUCUCUAAAGAAGCCUUGUGGACCGUCACAUUUAGCAAGAAUGAAAAUGAUACGGAGAACUGGAACACUGAGUGGUGGAAAGAAUUCUACACCCAACACUUGUAUCACCGUAUUGAAGACUGCUUCAAUCAGGUUAUCAGCUCGGCGCCAGGCAGUACAAUUGAUGUUUGCCUGAGAGAUCGUCCGCAUGAUAUUUUCAAGCGUUAUGGUAGACUGCAUCUUACUGGUAAAGUCCGUCGAGGUUGCAUCAAUUUGGCCUCAUAUAAUUACCUUGGUUUUGGCGGUAGAGACGAGUACUGUACGCCUAAGGUCAUUGAGACCAUCAAGGAAUACGGCUUCGCCUCUGGUGUGGCUAGCCGGGCCGAAGCUGGUGGGAGCAACAGUCUCCAUGUCAAGCUGGAGGCGAUGGUUGCCGACUAUCUCGGCAAGGAGGACGCAGUGGUCAUGGGAAUGGGCUUUGCUACCAACAGUAUGUUGUUGGCCGCUGUAGCACUCUCGUCUCCACAGUAUGGUGAUAAGAAGACAUUAUUCGUGUCGGACUCUUUGAAUCAUAAGUCUAUCGUGGAAGGCGUGAAGCAGAGUACUGCUAAGGUCAUUGGCUUCAAGCAUAAUGAUAUGCGUGAUUUGGAGAACGUUCUCGAUAGGGAAACUCGUAAGUGGUGGAGAUCCCGGGUUCGAUCCCUGGCUAGGGUUACGCUGAAGUACCGUUAUCACUGUUAUCUGUGGCUAGAUGAGGCUCACUCUAUUGGAGCUGUUGGCCCUACUGGUCGUGGUGUGACGGAACUCCUCGGCGUUGAUACCAAGCAUGUUGAUAUGAUGAUGGGAACCUUCACGAAGUCCUUUGGUUCGAACGGUGGUUAUGUCGCGGGUGAUAAAACUCUAAUAGAUUACCUGCGUGCUACUUCCACCGGUUAUCUUCAUGCAUCGGCUAUGACACCAAUGGUUACAUCACAGAUUAUUGCAGCUUUCGAGGUCAUGAGGACCCCUAGGGGCGAGGAGAAGAUUCAUGCUAUUCGUGAGAACUCUAACUACCUCCGUAGUGAAUUACGGAAGUUGAAGCUCACUGUCAUUGGCGACAUCGACUCUCCGGUUAUCUGUGUCCUCUUGUGCGUGCCAGAGACUGUCCCCACUUUCUUCCGAGCAGCACUGAAGCGUAACCUAGCCUGCGUUGUGGUUGGAUAUCCAGCUGUCCCUGUGCUCCUCUCGCGAGCUCGUUUCUGUGUGAGCGCCAGCCACACGCGUGAGCAGAUUGACUACACUAUAUCGAUGAUGAAGGAGGUGGCCAAGGAGACUGGUAUUUGCUAUAAUAACUCCGUACCGGAAGAAGAGGCCAUUUCGUAUCGUCAUUGGUUGUCCCAUGCUCCUUUGGAAACUGUGGAGUUGCCGCAUUUGUCUGAUUACUGGAAACCCGACGAGUUGGUCCCCAAUUGCAAGUUUGAAGUUCCGCAUAACGGGCUUAUAUUCUCAUCCGAGGACACGAGUACGGUCUCGAGCACUCCAGUUGAAGGAUCCGACCGGGAUGUGCCCCUCCAAGAGUUCGCCGUAUUCGAUCCUCUAUCACUCCUGCAUGAUCCUGCUAAGGCUGUCAGCGAGCCUGCUUUGGAAGUGAUCGAGGAGCGAGGAGUGGGGGCAUGCGGGCCUCGAGGCUUCUACGGCACUACUUUGGAGCACCUUGAACUGGAGAAAACUAUCAAGGAUUUCCUAGGAACCGAGGCGGCGAUUCUGUACAGUCAUCAUGCUCUCACCGCAUCCAGUGCGGCUCAAGCGUUCAUCAAGAAGAACGACUUUGUUAUAAUUCACAAAUACGCCACUUAUGGUAUCCGCACUGGGGUUAAAUUGUCGAGAUGCCAGAAUGUCACUUGGUGGUCUGGUGACGUCGAUGAGCUCUUCGACCUUGUCGAGAGUAAAAUGCGUGAGGUGAAGCUAUCAAGUCACGUCUCUCGUGUGUGGGUCGUCAUGGAUGCCCAAUUCGGUAUCGAUCUCAGAAAGGUCGUUGAUAUCAAAGACAACUUUGGUGCUUAUCUUCUCCUUGAUGAUACUUAUGGGAUCGGCACUGUCGGUGCUACUGGUCGUGGCUAUUGUGAGUAUUAUGGAGUCCGUUGUUCUUCUGUGGACAUCUUGGUCGGCUCACUAGAGCAGACCUUUGCAUCUCAAGGAGGGUUCUGUGUUGGGAAGCAAACUAUGAUCGACCACCAGACACUAUACGGCAGUGGUUACUGCUUCAGUGCUAGUUCCCCUCCUGGCUCGUGUAAGGUGGCCACGGAAGCUAUCAAACGAGUUGAGGGCAGCGAGCGGUUGGCUCGUGUCCAGGCCAAUACGCGUAGACUGCGAAGAGACUUGGAGAACAUCGGUGCUGAUAUCAUUACAGAUGCUCAGUCCUUCGCGCAAGUAGUGAGAGUGGCUGACGCACAGAGGGUUGCCCUUGCUAUGCAAGAGCGAGGCUUCGUAGUGCAGCCGUUAUUGACCUCCCCUCUUGAAAAUGAUGGUUUGGCCUCUGAGAAAAACACUCUUGUGAGGAUCUGCGUUGGUGCUCACCAUAGUCCUCAGGCUAUCGAUCAAUGCGUUGAUAGUCUUAGGGAAGUUACUAUCGGUGAAUACUGAUAGCAGCAGUAUCACAUUUCACCCUGGUUCGUUUCAGUGCAGCUCGAGGAGCUUUCACUGUAUAUUACAGUUCUCUGUUGCCACUACUAUUACUUUACACUCGACCAACUUUCGUCGUGACUGACAUCAAUUUUAGAUGCGUCUAUACAUUUCAACUGUUCCUUGUUGUUGUCAUUGGUUGUAAGCCGACCUGGUGAGGGUCUCAUUUAUCCCUCACCGUGGUUUCGUCUUCGUUCCUUAAGUAAGAUGUCUCAGAGGCUUAUAACAACGGCACUGGCCGAGACCUCAGAUAUGCAUUGGUCG